AUGAGCAGCAGCAGCCCGACGACGGCAACAACCACCAGCAGGAGCAGCCCAACGACAGCCACAACUACCAUCAGAAUCAGCCCGACGACAGCCACAACUACCAGCAGCAGCAGCCCGACGACAGCCACAACUACCAGCAGCAGCAGUCCGGUGGGUGCCAAGGUAUCCUCCAAAAGCAAUAGCUUUACCACAGCCACCACCACCAGCAGCAGCAGCAGGGCGACCACGGCAUCAACCACCACCACCAGCAGCAGCCGAAGGACGGUCACAACUACCAGCAGUACCAGUCCGCCGACGGCCACAACUACCAGCAGCAGCAGUCAGGCGGGCGCCAAGGUUUCGUCCAAAAGCAACAGCCGAACAACAGCCACAACUACCAGCAGCACCAGCCCGAGGAAAGCCACAACUACCAGCUGCACCAGUCCGACGACGGCCACAACUACCAGCACCACCAGCCAGAAGACAGCCACAAAUACCAGCAGCAGCAGUCCGGUGGGCGCCAAGGUGUCCUUCAGAAGCAGCAGCCCGGCCAUGGCAACAUCUACCAGCAGCAGCAGCUUAACGACUGCCACAAUUGCCAGCAGCACCAGCCCGAAGACAGCCACUACUAUCAACAGCACUAGCCCGACGACAGCCACAACUACCGUCAGCAGCAGUCCGCCGGCCGCCAAUUUGUCCUCCAGAAGCAGCAGCGCGACUACGUCCAGCAGCAGCAGCCCGAUUACAGCCACCACCUCAACCAGUAGCAGCCUGACGACGUCAACAACCAGCACCAGCAGCCCGUCGACGGCCACCACCAGCAGCAGCACCAGCCCGAACACGGGAACAAGGACCACCACCAGCAACAGCUCGACGACGGCAAAAACCACUAGCAUGAGCAGCAGCAGCCCGACGACGGCAACAACCACCAGCAGGAGCAGCCCAACGACAGCCACAACUACCAUCAGCAUCAGCCCGACGACAGCCACAACUACCAACAGGAGCAGCCCGACGACAGCCACAACUACCAGCAGCAGCAGUCCGGUGGGUGCCAAGGUGUCCUCCAAAAGCAACAGCCCGAAUUCGACGACCACCACCAGGAGCAGCAGCCCGACAAGGGCAAAAAGCACCACCACCAGCAGCAGAACUACGACAACAGGAACCACUAGCAGCAGCCGUCCGACGACAGCCACUUCCACCACCAGAAGCAGCAGCCCGACAAUGGCCACAACUACCACCAGCACCAGUUCAACGAUGGCCACAACUACCAGAAGCACAAGCCAGAAGACAGCCAAGGUGUCCUCCAGGAGCAGCAGCCUGACUACGGCCACCACCGCCAGCAGCGGCAGCUUUACCACUGCAACAAGCACCACCAAUAGCAGCAGCCCGACGACGUCCACAACCAGCAGCAGCAACCCGACGACGGCAACAGCCAGCAGCAGCAGCAGCCGAACAACAGCCACAAUUACCAGUAGCACCAGCCCGACGACGGCCACCACCACCAGCAACAGGAGGCCGACGACGGCCACAACUACCAGCAGCACCAGCUCCACGAGGGCCGCAACCAGCAGGAAUACCAGGGCUAUGACGGCCACAACUACCAGCAGCACCAGGUCUUUCACGGCCAGAGCUACCCGCAUCACCGGCUGGACGAAGGCCACAACUACCAACAGCAGCAGCAUCUCGACGACGGCCACAACCAGCAGCAGCACCAGGAAUACGACGGCCACAACUACCAGCAGCACCAGCCCGAUAACUACAACUACUAAGGGCAGCAGUACCGCUGGCACCACGGUGUCGUCUAGAAGCAGCAGCCCGAGGACGGCCACCGUCACUACCAGCAGCAACGGCACGACGACGGUCCCCACCAGCAACAUCAGCCCGACAACACCGACCACCACUAACAGCACCAGCCCGACGGCUGCCAGAACUACUACCGCUAGCAGCAGGCCGACGACGGCCUCCACCACCACCACCACCACCAGUGCCAGCACGACGACGGCCACCACCGCUACCAGCACCAGCCCGACGGCGGCCAGAACUACUACCGGCAAGAGCAGCCCGACGACAGUCACCACCCCCAGCAACAGCAGCCCAACGACGGCAACAAUUAGCACUAGCAGCAGUCCGGUGGGCGCCAAAGUGUCUUUCAGAAGCAGCAGCCCGACCACGGCAACAUCUACCAGCAGCAGCAACUUGACGACUGCCACAAUUGCCAGCAGCACCAGCCCGAAGACAGCCACUACUAUCAACAGCACUAGCCCGACGACAGCCACAACUACCGUCAGCAGCAGUCCGCCGGUCGCCAAUUUGUCCUCCAGAAGCAGCAGCGCGACUACGUCCAGCAGCAGCAGCCCGAUUACAGCCACCACCUCAACCAGUAGCAGCCCGAAAACGUCAACAACUAGCACCAGCAGCCCGACGACCACCACCAGCAGCAGCACCAGCCCGACCACGGCAACAACAACCACCACCAGCAGCAGCUCGACGACGGCAACAACCACUAGCAUGAGCAGCAGCAGCCCGACGACGGCAACAACCACCAGCGGGAGCAGCCCAACGACAGCCACAACUACCAUCAGAAUCAGGUCGACCACAGCCACAACUACCAACAGGAGCAGCCCGACGACAGCCACAACUACCAGCAGCAGCAGUCCGGUGGGUGCCAAGGUGUCCUCCAAAAGCAAUAGCUUUACCACAGCCACCACCACCAGCAGCAGCAGCAGGGCGACCACGGCAUCAACCACCACCACCAGCAGCAGCCGAAGGACGGUCACAACUACCAGCAGUACCAGUCCGCCGACGGCCACAACUACCAGCAGCAGCAGUCAGGCGGGCGCCAAGGUUUCGUCCAAAAGCAACAGCCGAACAACAGCCACAACUACCAGCAGCACCAGCCCGAGGAAAGCCACAACUACCAGCAGCACCAGUCCGACGACGGCCACAACUACCAGCACCACCAGCCAGAAGACAGCCACAAAUACCAGCAGCAGCAGUCCGGUGGGCGCCAAGGUGUCCUUCAGAAGCAGCAGCCCAGCCACGGCAACAUCUACCAGCAGCAGCAGCUUGACGACUGCCUCAAUUGCCAGCAGCACCAGCCCGAAGACAGUCACUACUAUCAACAGCACUAGCCCGACGACAGUCACAACUACCGUCAGCAGCAGUCCGCCGGUCGCCAAUUUGUCCUCCAGAAGCAGCAGCGCGACUACGUCCAGCAGCAGCAGCCCGAUUACAGCCACCACCUCAACCGGUAGCAGCCUGACGACGUCAACAACCAGCACCAGCAGCCCGUCGACGGCCACCACCAGCAGCAGCACCAGCCCGACCACGGCAACAAGGACCACCACCAGCAGCAGCUCGACGACGGCAAAAACCCGAUUACAGCCACCACCUCAACCAGUAGCAGCCCGACGACGUCAACAACCAGCACCAGCAGCCCGUCGACGGCCACCACCAGCAGCAGCAGCAGCCUGA